AUGUACAAGAUUGUGAUACUUGUUGCUCUUCUGGGCUUUGCCUUGGGCAAUCCUGUGGCGGAAGAUGCUCCACAAGGAUUUGUUUCCGGCGGAACUAAUGCCCAACAGGGAGAAUUUCCGUCGACGGCUUCCGUGAGAGUGCACAAUGAGUUCUUCCAAGGAGUUCUCGUGAAUCAGAAUCACGUCCUCACGGCAGGAACGACUUGCACGCUAAACGGACGCUCGGUGAAUCACUUCUGGAUCAGAGUCAUGCUGGGCGAUCUGCACAUCACCGGCAGCAGCAUGCAUCGCGAGGAAAGGACACUGACUCAUCUCUUCAUCCACGAUGGAUUCAAUCACCAGACAGGCGUGAACAAUAUCUGUGUCCUUCGCUUGGCGCAUCCCAUCCAAUUGCCUCACCCUGUCAUCGAGGAAGCCAUCCUGAACACCAGGAUUGUUCCUGUCGGAACUUCAGUGCAGUUCGCCGGCUGGCAAACUCCAAUUCCGGCCGCUGAUAAUUUGAGAUUCUUGAGGCAAUUCAAUAUGCCCAUCAUCACGAAUGCCGUUUGCACGACUCCGCCUGGAAAUAUCAAUACACAACUGGUGAACAUGUUCUGCGCCGGACAAUUGACUCCAGCUCCAACGGCAAGUCCUUGCCUGGGCAACGUUGGCGCCGGACUUUACUGGAACAGACAACUCAUCGGCAUUCUUCACGAUGGAUUGACAUGCAAUCAAGUCAACAAUCCCAGCAUUUACAUGGAUGUUCGCUUCUACUCCACUUGGAUCACCCAGACCUUCACCAGAACUGACCUCAUUCCGCCAAAUACGGAAUUCCCGCGCGCAGCACCUGCCCAGGAAACCCAGAACUAA